AUGAGGGCCACACAAUCUAAUUCUCUUCUCUCUUCCUUGGUGGUCCUCUUCGGACUCUCCACGGCCAAUGCUGGAGUUUCGAAGCGUGCUCCUGUAGCUACGCUCCCCGGUGCCUGGACUUACCAAGGCUGUUACACAGAUGUUGGGCGAACAAUUAGCGCUGCCGCCUACGCUGACAAUGUUGGCAUGACAAUCGAAACUUGUAUCAGCUUCUGCUCCUCAAAGGGUUUCCAGUAUGCCGGAACCGAGUACUACCAGGAGUGCUAUUGCGGAAGCACACUGGCUGCGGGCACCGCGAAGGUUGCUGAGACAGACUGCAGUGCGCCGUGCACAGGAAAUGCGUCCGAGUCCUGCGGUGGAGGGAGCCGAUUGAGUCUCUACUACAGCUCACAGCCCGUUGGACCUCAGCCCAACCCCGGUGUCAAUGGUUUCAGCCAUAUCGGCUGUUACUCUGAGGGAACUACUGGUCGUGCUCUAACAUAUGUAGUCAACUCCAUCCCGAGCCAGAACAUGACGGUGAAGGGCUGCACAAAUGCUUGCCACGCGGCUGGCUACAUCUUGGCUGGUGUCGAGUACAGCGGCGAAUGCUACUGUGACAACACCCUCAAGAACGGCGCCGUUGCUGCUACCUCGGGGUGCGAUAUGCUUUGCAACGGUAACCAGACUGAGAUCUGCGGAGGAGCCGGCCACUUGAAUGUAUACGACUACAUGAUGCAAUUCCCUGUUUCCAGCAGCUCAAGCAGCGCCGUGGCUAGCUCGACCAUUCGUGUUGCUACCUCCAGCAGUGUUGCCGCAACCUCUUCGUCAGUCGCUACGACCAAGGCCUCCAGCACAAGCUCUUCCUCGGUUGCCACAACCAAGGCUUCCAGCUCGAGCUCUUCGUCAGUUGCUACGACCAAGGCUUCCAGCUCAAGCUCUAGCGUGGUCGUGGUCGCAACUACGAGCAGCUCUGUUGUCAACUCAAUUGCCGCGUCCAGCAGUGCCGCCGCGACACCCACCGCGCCUUCUCAGCCUGCAAAGAUCGGUGCCUACAGCUGGUAUGGUUGUCAGACAGAGGCUACUGGCAAGCGAGCUCUGGAUAAGUCUACAUUCGCUGCCGAUACCAUGACCCUCGAAGCAUGCGCCUCUUUCUGCACAGGUUACACAUACUUCGGUGUGGAAUACUCUCGCGAAUGUUAUUGCGGCAGUACCUUCAACACCGGAUCCGUCGCUGCUCCUGCAAGUGAGUGCAGCAUGACUUGCAUGGGCGACAAGUGGGAGUACUGCGGUGCGGGCAAUCGUCUGUCGGUUUACUCGCUGGGCGGCGUUUCUCAGAGUAGUAGCAGCUCCACCAAGCCUGCUUCUUCCACUGCUGGCACUGGUACCGUCUCGGCGACCGUGUCGACCGCCGUUUCUACCUCGUCUGCUCCUGCUGGCACUGGCUUCCCCACUGGAUGGUCUUACCAAGGCUGCUGGGUCGACGGUGUUACUGGUCGUAUCCUUCCUUACCAGGCCCCUGAUUCUCAGACUCUCACUCAACAAUCUUGCGCCGCUCUUUGCAAGGCCGCUGGCUACACCAUCUCCGGCACUGAGUGGGCUCAGCAGUGCUUCUGUGGUAACCAGAUCGUCAAUGGAGGUGUUAAGACCACCGAGACUGAGUGUAACACUCCUUGCUCAGGCAACAGCGCUGAGAUGUGCGGUGCUGGUGGAAGAAUGACUAUCUAUUCUCAGGGCGAGCCAUCUGUAUAUGCCCCUCCCAGCACCCAGCAGACUGUUGGUCAGUGGCAAUACCAGGGAUGUUACGAGGACAACAUCGACGAUCAGCGCACCUUCUUCUGGCAGAUCUUCUACGAUGGCAUCAUGACCCCUAAGAUGUGCUUGGACCAGUGUGCCAAGUUUGGCUACGCGGCUGGUGGCCUUGAGUAUGGUCAGGAGUGCUACUGCGGUGACCCUGCCAACAUCGCUACUGUCGGCUCUACUAAGCGUCCAGACACUGAGUGCAACAUCGUGUGCGCUGGCAAUGGCUCUGCUUACUGUGGCGGUGGCAGCCGUCUUUCCACCUACUUCUGGACUGGCACGCCGUUCUACUCUUGGGAUUUCCCUCAAGAUUACCGCGCUGGUGAAUACAGAUUCCUCAUCGGCGGUGUCACGAUUCCUCUCAUUACAUCGCAGUCCAUCACUGGCAAGGUUAGCUUCCUAUCCAAGUGGGGAACCGGCCCUAAUAACGAGACUGGUGCUUAUGAGCUUGAUCUUUCUCUCCUGAGCGACUUUAGCAAGGCUUGGCGCCCUCUGCACGUCAAGACUGAUAUCUUCUGCGCUGCCGGGAUCACGCUGCCGGAUAAGGGCGGCCGUCAAUUGACAGUCGGUGGUUGGUCUGGUGACUCAACCGAGGGUGUCCGCUUGUACUGGCCUGAUGGCUCCGAGGGUACCUGGGGAACCCAUGACUGGCAGGAGAACGUGAAUGAGCUCAGCCUGCAGGUUGGUCGGUGGUACCCAAGCGCUAUGGUCAUGGCCAAUGGUUCUAUCAUGGUCAUCGGUGGUGAGGUUGGCUCCAACGGUGCCGCUGUGCCUUCAAUUGAGGUCCUGCCUUACACUGGCACUGCUCCUCUCUACAUGGAUUGGCUCGACCGCACUAACCCCAACAACCUAUACCCCUUCGUCUGCGUGCUCCCCAGCGGUGGCAUUUUCGUUGCCUACUGGAACGAGGCCAGGAUCCUAGAUGCCAAGACCUUCAACACCAUCAAGACUCUGCCCAACGCCCCUGGCGCUGUCAACGAUGAUCUUGGUGGCCGUACCUAUCCUCUCGAGGGUACUGCUGUCUUGCUUCCCCAGAAGGGUCCUGACUAUGACAACCUUGGAGUUCUGAUUUGCGGUGGGUCCACCAAUGGUGUGUCUAACGCUCUUGACAACUGCGUUACCACAUACCCUGAUGCGGCUUCACCGUCGUGGGUGCUUGAGCGUAUGCCCUCGCCUCGUGUCAUGCCUUGCAUGGCUCCUCUUCCUGACGGAACCUAUCUGAUUGCCAACGGUGCUCAUCACGGUGUUGCUGGUUUCGGUUUGGCUACUAGCCCCAACCUGAACGCACUUCUUUACGAUCCUACCAAGGCUGUUGGCUCUCGCAUUACUGUCAUGGCUAACACCACCGUCGCCCGUCUCUACCACAGCGAGGCCAUCACCCUGCUUGAUGGCCGUGUUCUCAUCUCUGGAUCCAAUCCUGAGGAUGGCAAGAACCCUGAGGAGUACCGUAUCGAGGUCUUCCACCCUCCUUACCUUCUGAACGGCAAACCGCGCCCGACCUUCACCAUUGCCAACAAGGAUUGGGCGUACGGCGCCGCGGGCAUUCCCUUCACCUUGGGUGCUGCUGCUAAGAACGGCGCAAUCACUGUCAGCCUUUUGGGUGCCGUCGGUAGCACUCACGGUAACUCCAUGGGUGCCCGUACUCUGCAGCCCAUCGUCACCUGCACUGGUACUUCGUGCACGUUGGACGCUCCUCCCAAUGCCAACGUCUGCCCGCCAGGAUGGUAUCAAUUCUUCGUCCUCGACGGUGGAGUACCGGCCGUCGGCGUGUACGUCCGCAUAGGCGGUGACCCGGCCGGUCUCGGCAACUGGCCCGCGGGUGACGACUUCUCUCGCCCGGGUGUGUAA